AUGAUGGUGUCAGCCACCCAAGGCCUUCAAACUCAACGAUUCGCUAUGUUAUCAGGCUUACACGCUCUCACAAUUCCCAAAGACAUUGACUCUUGGCGACAAUCCCAGCAUCCAGCUUACUCGCCGCAAGCACAACCGAGGAUCUUCGAAAACAUCACGUCCCAAAUCGUUAGGCAGGAUGCCAUUCACAGCAGCCAAUGUAUUCAACGAAGCACUCAAUUUCCCAGAGAUUCAAUCUCAGAUCCCGACGCGGAGGAGGAAGAUGAAGAUUCACCACCCAUUUCCUUGAGCAUCUCAACACGGAUAGAUGUGAUUAGCGAUGGCAACCUGAUAGCCCUGCCUUGCUCGCCUGCAGGACAGGCAAAUUUCAUCGCAAAAGCAAUAGUCGAUGCCAUUUACGAAAGAGAUUGGGCAGUGGGAUGCCCCUUGAUUGACGAAAAUGGCCGUCCAAGACCGUUGAAGCUGGAAGUUGAUGCAAGUAUCACUGUGAAGGGAUCUUCAAAUGUCAUCGGCACGGAAUCGGUCAUCACAGAGUUCAUUCGGCGAGGUGCGCACACACAAGAACAGCCGCACAGCAGACAACCCCGAAGAGAGUCUGCGCAUUCUGCGGUGUCUCUUCCAUCACCAAUUCGGAGGAGACGGGCAUCAGAGUUAGAUGCGCCCGAGCACCCGGUGCAUAAGCGUGCUCGAAGCGAGGAGUAG